CUUUAAACCCGUUUCGAAGAGGUUCGAAUAUAAUUGGCAUUUCUUUAUAAUGAUUUUGUGCUAGGUGGAAGAAAACAUACAAAUUAAUUUUAAUUUUUGCAUUGGUUGUAAGCGGGAAAGAGUGUUUAUUAAAAUGUCGCGAGCACUAGCAAGUGUAGUUCUAUUACUGGCUCUCGGCAUUUUGAGUAUUACAAGUGGUCAAUCAGUAGAUAGGAUAUGCGCGAGUACAAAAUUCAACGAGCAGUGCCUACAGCUGCAGCGCGGUAAUUCGGAAGUCAUAUGCGUCACCGUACAAGACAGUAUUGAAUGCGCUCAGCGGAUUCGCAAUGGGACGGCCGAAAUCGGUAUCUUUAGUGCCGAAAGUAUGCUCCAGUUGGCAACGCUGGCAUGGGAUGGUUUGACGGUAGUGAAGGAACUGAGACACAACGAUCGCCUUCGAGAACCUGUCGACUACCGAUCGGUAGUUGUCGUUUCAUCGGGGCACCAGGGAGGUCUGGAAGGAUUGCGUGGGAAGAAAUUUUGCCAUCCCGGAUUGCACUACGGCCGGCAGCAGCGAUGGAGCGAACGUUUCCUGAAACAUUUCGAACGACUGGUAGUUCCUGCGGUGUGUGGCGAUUUGAAGAGUCCGGCCGAAAUCGAAACGGCAGCUUUGGCUAACUUCUUCCAUUCAGCCUGUCGGCCCGGGAAGUGGUCCAACGUACCGCAGGAGGAUGCGGAAUUGAAAAGUAAGUACCCAAAGCUCUGCGAGCUGUGCCAGAAUGCGAACCAGUGUAGCUAUGACACAUCGACCACUUCUCAUCAUCGGGCCGCGUUGCAGUGCUUGCGCUCCGGAGGCGAAGUCGCCUACGUAUCCCAGCAGGAUGCUGUCGAAUAUUUUGUGUUCAAUAAUGACAUCAUUGCCAACUACGCCUAUUUAUGCCCCAAUGGUACGCUGGAACCGGUAAAUGGGAAUACAAGUCCCUGCUCCUGGCUUACCCAACCUUGGCCGGUGAUAAUGUCAACCGCUAAUAGUGCAGUAUCAAUUUCCACUCGAAUCGACAAUUGGAUGCGCGAUGCCAUUGGAUCGGCAUGGAAAGAAUCAGUUCUGGAGAUUGUUGGCCACGACAGUCGCUCGGCCGUUUCAGUUGGGUCAAUCCAAGCUCCGGUUGAUUACCUGCGACCCUACAGACAGAUCCCGAUCGCAUCCGAUCUUUGUCAGACUACCGCACGCUGGUGUACCACUUCUCUCGAAGAGAAGGAAAAAUGUGAUGUGCUGAGGACGGCUGCGUUGACGACGGGAAUUUAUCCGAUGCUCGAGUGCACUGAUCCAGCAACGAGCCGGAUGACUUGCCUGAAUGAGAUAGCUAGUCAACGAGCGGAUUUCAGCGGGAUUGAUUCAAACUUUGGAUUUUUGGCGAGACAUCCAUUCAAUUUGACGGCAGCAAUGUUCCAGGAGACAGAGAAGGAAAAGUACUCAUCGGUUGUAGUAGUUGUUCGUAACGAUAGCCGCUUUGCUCGCUUCGAGAACCUCCGUUCUGCCAAGGCAUGCAUUCCUGAGUUUGGUGGCAUCGCUUCCAUCGCAUUUAUCAACGUGGGCAAAACACGUGGCAUUUUUGACCGGCAUGAUUGUAACUACGGUCGACUUUUGGGUGAUUUCUUCAGUGAUUCUUGUGCCCCUGGAUCCCGUGAUAGUCUACAUGACCCACAGGGAGUGAACCCUACUUCGCUAUGUAGCCUGUGUUAUUCCUCUGUUAAACCGAAUGAAACAAUUCCAGUACCACGAGGCAACGACGACGAAGAAGACACUACCACCAUACUCGCUGAGUUGGAAGAACAACCAUCAGAAGUACAAAGCAAGAGUGACAUAGACGUGACUGUCAGUAGGAAUGUGAAUUGCGUUGCCGGUGGCAAUAACCCUUUUUACGGAACCAGAGGAGCAUUGAAUUGCCUGCGGCAGGAAGGUGAGGUGGCCAUUGUCGAAAUGCAAAACUUAGUGCAACACGCUCUUGCUUUGGGACUAAAUCCGGACCACUACAGAAUACUCUGCCGUAAUGGAACGUUGGCUGCCUACACGGGAUUUCAGGUAGACGACGAGUGUGUGCUGACGACCAUCGUCGAUGGCGAGAUUGUCGUUCGACGUCAUUCCUCAAAGAUAGCUGGUAUUGUUAAUGCACUCAGUUCGCUUGAUGUGUACCUUCGAAGUGAUCCGGAUUUCAAAAUGUACAAUAUCUACGGAGGGAUUAAGAAUUUACUAUUCGAGGAUUCCGCAUUAGGAUUGGUUUCGACGCAGCACACCGAAUUAAGCCAUGCUGUUCAAAACUAUAUUCGAUUGUUUGAAAACAUUGAAGAUUGUAAAAGUAGUGCAUCAACUACGACCGUAGAUCCUGGGGACGGCGCUGCGAUGAUGACCAUCAACGUUUUCAUGACAUUUAUGUUCGUAAUGUACAACAUUAUCCGAGGAUAAGUUCUAACUAGUAAAGAAUGUUUCUUUCGUACACCAAAUUAGACUAUAAGAUUCGCUGUUCAUCUAACAAAAUGUUCAAUUGUAUUGUUUCAUAAGAAAAACGUAAAUAAAAGCCGAACGAACCUAAUAA